UGCACAGAGUCCCUCACACCGUACACACGCACAUAAAUAUGUACAUAAUAUGUAUGUACACACAUUGCUAAUUCAUACGUAAUCUCACCUACAUAAAUUGACUCAUCUUCGUUCGUGUCCACUCAAUUAGUACAGAAGAACAGAGGUGAUGGAGGCUUAUCAUUAAAUACGGCUGGUAGAAAAUCAUGGUGGUUGGUAACACAAUGUGCGAAGUACAUACAUAUCAUUGGAUGGAGUGGCGUCGGAUGGUGCCGAGUUUGUUUGUGGCCAGUUGACAGAUUGGAGUAAUUAUUCCCGAUAAGUGACUCGAUCCAGGGUUAAAUAAAAAGAGACAUGAUUAUUCAUAUAUGAUCCUUGUGUAAAUUUACUUUAGCUGAAAUAAUUCGUCGAGGAAAUUAAUAAUUCCGAGUGCAGCAGGAUUUCCAAUAGUGUUUACAAAAAUCGUAAGAGUGUGAGAACUGCUUGUGAUAAUUUGUAACACGUAAUAAAAAUUGGUAUUUCAUGACAAAUGACAAAUACUAAACUGGAAAGUGUGAAAACUGAGCGACUAAACUAAACAUUUUUUACUACGCAUAUCUAAGAAUUUCAAUUUCCUCGCCCAUCACUGUUUAGACAAAUCGGACAGAAAAUGGAUUUGAGUUCGAUAAAAUCAAGUGACUCGAUCUCAUUGAAAUCUGACAGUGCCAGAAGUUUCAAUGAAGAUGACCAAAAUGAUGGCAACCAUUUCCUCCAAUCACCGGAUUCUCAGUCCGGAAGUUUGAGUAAAAAAGGGAGUCAGUCGAGCUUUGAGUUUGGGAGAGGCGAGAUCAGAGAUCAGGGGUCACCGCUGCCAGACCGGAGUCCCAACAUGCUCAAACACGCGUCCAGUGGGGGUGGUGCCAAGAAAGUUGGUACGGUGCAAACCAGUCAAGAGACAAGUACGUCAUUGAAACUACCUCAACGCUUUGUUGUCAAAUAUUUGGGAUUUCGAGAGACUUCAAAUUUGUGGGGGAUUAAGUACACCCGUCGGCCUGUGGACGAAAUGGUCAACGAUGCAAAAACGAGUUUAUCCAAGAGUCCAGAAAAAGCGUUGGCCCUUCUCCGCAUGGAUGUUACAGAGGAAGGAAUCGCAGUUGGUCCCAUGCCACAAAACAUUAACCCAAACUAUCCGAACGGCAAAUUUGCUAUAGAAUCGAUAUCUUACGGUGUUCAGGAUCUCGUUUACACCCGCGUAUUCGCCAUGAUUGUGGUGAGGACGGACAAAGGCCAGAGUGAGGUCAAGUUGUCGCAGUUGGUUAACCAAACCAACGGGGCUGGAGGAACGGCGUUGCCCUUUCGUUGCCACGCGUUCGUGUGCGAUUCUCGCCAAACGGCGAGAAGAUUGACCUACUCGUUGGCUUCCGCUUUUGAAAUAUUUUCGAAAAAGGUCGCCGCUGGGAAAAUCAGUGCUCCGAAACCAAAAAAGUUUGCGAUCGAUUUGAGACCAUCGGAAGAGAUUGAGGCUGAAUUGCAAGAUUCCGAGGCGUAGGAUUAUUUUAUGGGAAGUAAAAGUAUUGCAUAAUAUUAAUAUGUAAAUGUAGAAGUAUAUCUAGUGAACAAAUUUUAAAUACUAAUCUUCCAUAAUGUACAUAAUUACACAUAUCUUGUUUGUCUUCUUUACUGUCAUGUAAUAAUAUUUUUAUUACUUUAAUCAUGUCCAAUUACGAAAUAAAUUACGUUUGACCACCACGACAGGUAUCAUCUUGCCUCACAUUACCUAAA